GGGGAGGGUAGUAGAGACCAGAUCUGAUUCGCUAACAUUGGACUGAGUGACGCGUCUCCUUCCACCUAAUUUUGCUGUACGUUUCUAGGCAUUCGCAGGGUAUCGGCCGCGUUGGAGGUUUGUCGCGUGCUGUGGGCAGUGCUUGUUGGAAGGGGAAGUACGGAAAGCAGAGGAGGCGCUGUUCUUCUUGGCACCAUAGACCGACGGGAACAUUUUCAAUGGUGCCUUGGAUAACUAGUACUCUUUAAAGGGGCCGGGAAACGCCAGCGAGGAUGAAACAAUACGUCCGGGAAAGAUGACGAAGCGGGUGUUUAUUAUAUUCUGCCUCUUUCUGGUUGGCUCACGGUAUCCAUAUCAGCACGUGUUUUGCAGCGAGAACACAAUUCAUUCUUCACCAAGUGAACAAAAUGCAGAUUAUACAACGAUUGAAGACGAGACCACAAAGCAAAAUAAUGAAAUGGAUCAGCUAAAACCCCUUGAACCAAUGGAAACCAUUACAUCAGAAAAUCAAGUAGAAGAUACUAUUUUGGAAGACUGUGCAAAAGAGGAAAAGGUUAAUAAUCCAGAGCAAGUUCAAACUUUUCCAGUGGUUGACACAGAUGCUAAAGACCUUGAAAAGGGAACUUUGAAUCUGGCGACUGACACUGAAAACAUUUCUAGUUCAUCUAUCUCAAUUCCUUCUGUUCCUCAGUCAGAUGCUGUAGAAAAUUCCAGUGGCGCUCUCCCUGUAGCCAGCUUUAGUGAAGCUGGGCAGUCAGAAUCUGACUGUGACAUUGGGGGGGCGGUAGAGGUUGACCCUAUGAGUGAGCCAUCCUUUAUCAAACCACCAGCAAGACUUGUGGGUCACCAUACUGAAAACAUCUCCCUUCAGCACAGUGAAAGAAAAGCAACAUCACAAGAACAAGAGGAAAAGGUGUCUAAUACUCAAGAAACAGAAAAGGAGAAGAAAAAAUUACCUAUGGGUUCUUCAGAGCAUACAGAAAAAAAGAAAUCUGAUCAAAAAGAAGCAACAGGUGGUGACUUAGUAGCUCCUGGAGGUACAAAGGACAUUCCGACAUUUGAUGAAUGGAAAAAACAAGUUAUGGAAGUUGAAAAAGAAAAAAGCCAGUCAAUGCACCCUUCGUCUAAUGGAGGACAGCUUGCUGUGAAGGUCCAAAAAAACCGUAACAAUUAUGCUUCAGUGGAGUGUGGAGCAAAAAUACUUUCUGCCAGCCCUGAGGCCAAGAGCACAUCUGCAAUACUAAUAGAAAACAUGGACCUGUACAUGCUGAAUCCAUGUAGCACAAAAAUUUGGUUUGUUAUUGAACUGUGUGAGCCUAUCCAAGUGAAGCAACUUGAUAUAGCGAACUACGAGCUAUUUUCUUCUACUCCAAAAGAUUUCCUGGUUUCUAUAAGUGACAGGUAUCCCACAAAUAAAUGGGUAAAGCUUGGUACUUUCCAUGCAAGAGAUGAGAGAAAUGUUCAAAGUUUUCCACUUGAUGAACAGAUGUAUGCAAAAUAUGUCAAGAUGUUCAUCAAGUACAUAAAGGUGGAGCUCAUAUCACAUUUUGGAUCAGAGCACUUUUGCCCCUUAAGUCUCAUAAGGGUUUUUGGCACAAGUAUGGUGGAGGAAUAUGAAGAAAUUGUUGACUCUCAGUACAGCUUAGAGCGUCCAGAACUAUAUGAUGAAGAUGAAGAUUAUCCAAUUGAUUAUAACACAAGGGAUGAUAAAUCUUCUAAAAAUCUUCUUGGUUCUGCUACAAAUGCCAUUCUUAGCAUGGUGAAUAAUCUUGCUGCUAAUAUGCUGGGUGCGAACACAGAGGAGAAAAGCUCUGAAGGGAAAGAACAAAAUGGAAGCAAGGCAGAAAAUGUAACCUCAGAAAUUGUGGAUAAAGAUAAAGCAAAGCCAUCUGAAGAAACACCAACUCAGAUCACGCUGGAAAUGGAAAGUGUAACUGCUCCCACAGCACUUAUAAUCGAGUUGGAAGCUACAAAAGAGAGCCCCAUAGUUCAGUUGGUGCAAGACGAGGAGGAGGAACAGCAUGGGCAAUCAACAGUUACUCUUUUGGAAAGGGAUGAUCAGGAGGAAGAAAAGACCUCCUGGUAUGAAUAUGAGACCCAGAUAUACUGCAGUGAACUUGCAACCAUUUGUUGCAUCUCCAGCUUCUCCGAAUACAUUUACAAAUGGUGCUCUGCUACUGUCGCUAUUCACAGACAGCGAAGCAAAACCUCUGAGAGCAAGAGGAAAGAGGACAGUGAUGAACAUACUUAUCAACCUUUGGCAAGUCAAGCUACAGUUGAUGCUUCCUACGGGAAGACUGUUUCUGACCCCUCUGAAAGCAAAAUGAUUGGAAGCAUAGAUUUUAUUUUGGUGAAUACAGGGGACAUUUCUUCAAGCAAUAUUUUAGACAACAAUGUUGAAUCCAUUGUCUUGGAACCAAGUCAAACACAAACGAUUUCUCUAUCCGUUCUUUUACAUAUAACAUCAAGUGAAAUCUCUGCAUUACCCACACCUGUUCUAGAGACAACAAAAGCUGAAGUUGGUUCAGAGUCUAAAUUAAUGUCUUCAGAGGCUUUACAAGUUCAGCUCACUGAUGUUAAAACAAGUGAGGAUUUUGCCCAAGUUGUGACCUCAACUGCAAGCCUGGAAAACAUUAAAAUACAUGAGACAGUAGAGCAAAAUAUCAAAGACCAUGUGGAUAAUAUAAAUAUUACAACUACUGAGACCUUUGUUUCUCAGGAAACUUCUACUGUCCCUAUUGAAAAUGACAUGGAGGAGCCACAGAAGCCAGUUGUGACACAAACUAUUGACUCCCAAACUACAACUGACAAAAAGGAAGAAGAGACCGUAGACGAUUCAGUCGCAGGUGCCCUACAAAGGUCAACAACAGAUUUUUAUGCAGAACUACAAAAUUCUACUGACUUGGGUUACACUAAUGGAAAUCAAGUUCAUGGAUCCAACCAAAAAGAAUCUGUAUUUAUGAGACUAAAUAACCGCAUUAAAUCUCUGGAAGUCAAUAUGUCCCUAAGUAGUCGUUAUUUAGAAGAACUUAGUCAAAGAUACCGAAAACAGAUGGAAGAAAUGCAGAGAGCCUUUAACAAGACAAUAUUAAAACUUCAAAACACUUCAAAAAUAGCAGAAGAGCAGGAUCAGAGACAGUCAGAUGCUAUUCAGUUGUUGCAAGCACAGCUGCUUAAUAUGAGCCAACUGGUGUCUAAUCUGUCAGCAAGUAUCGUUGAGCUAAAAACAGAGGUGUCUGACCGUCAGAGUUAUUUGGUUAUUUCCCUAGUCUUGUGCGUUAUCUUGGGUGUUAUAAUUUGCUUCCACGGAUGUAGAAGUUCUUCUCAUUUCAGUGAAGAUGACCUCUCUAACAUACCAAAAAGCAAUAACUAUCCCAGCCCAAAACGGUGUUUCUCCUCCUAUGAUGAUAUGAAUCUUAAACGAAGGACCACGUUUCCUUUAAUCCGCUCUCAGUCAUUUCAGCUCUCCAGCAAAGAAGUGGAUCCGGACGACUUGUACAUUGUUGAACCAUUGAAAUUUUCGCCUGAGAAAAAGCAGAAAAAGCGUUGCAAGUAUAAAAGUGAAAAAAUUGAAACCCUGAAGCCCAUGGAUCCAUUGAAAGUGCUCCCAAAUGGUGAUUUGAAAGCUAAGAAGCCUUUCACAAACGAGAGAGAUUUUGCAAAUGUAGGAGAAGUUUAUCACUCAUCCUACAAGGGCCCUCCUUCUGAGGGAAGCUCCGAAACUUCAUCUCAGUCAGAGGAGUCGUACUUCUGUGGAAUUGGUGCCUGCACAGCCCUCUGUAAUGGGACACUGCAGAAGACAAAAACUGAAAAAAGAGCCAUAAAGCGCAGGCGCUCAAAACUACAGGACCAAGGGAAGUUUAUCAAAUCCUUAAUACAGGCUAAAUCUGGGUCCAUGCCAAGUCUGCAUGACAUUAUCAAAACCAACAAAGACCUAACUGUGGGAACAUUUGGGGUAGCAACUGUUUCUGGCCGUCUCACACAGGCAGCUGGCACAGUAUAACCCUUCCUAUUUAUACACUUUCCAGUAAUGCAAAGAAGAUGCAGAUACUGAUGUGCAGAGUUUCAAAUGGCUUUGACUUGUGUCAUAAUGCAGUUUAAUACACGGCCUGCAGAAUCUGUUUCAUUUUAUAAAUUGUUAAAACAAGUAGAUUUUUCACAGUUUAAUUACUGAGGGAAAGAAUAUUCUGAUGCCCAGUUUGUUGGGUGAAACGUAAGCUCAACUUACCUUCCAUACGUAACCCUUUUCCUGUAUUUUGCACCUUUAUAUAUUUAUGUGCCUUUGUCUAUUUAUAAUGCAACUGGUAGGAAAAGCAUCAAGCGUGUAUGCCAGAUAAGGUUUUUAUGGUUUAGUUUUUUCACUCUCCCAAGUUUAGCACUACAGCAUAUGAGGCCAUUUCCUAGAGCAACACUGAAACACAGAUUUUGGUGGAAAAAUACAAUUUUUACGAUGUCUGCAUGUAUUAAGUGGUAUGGGUGUUGUGUUUUUUGUUUUUUUUGGUUUGGUUAGGAAAUACCUAGAGUAUUUAUAUUUAUAACCUUAUACCUCCUGUAGAAUGCCGCAAGUCUCUGCUACUAAAUUAGCGUGCAAUUUCUGAAUCCUUGUAUCAGCCAUUGAGAAAAACAGGAUCUGAAUUUCCAGUCAGCGGAUUGGUAAAAUAAUUAAGAAGAGAUGAUCAAUAGAAGAGAGUGUUUGAAAUAUUUAUUGAUAUUGAAUUUGUUAAGGUGAUGCUGAGCCGAAUUUAAUUUUGGCAGGUUCACAUUAAUGCACUCAAUCUGAGCCAAAGACUCCUUGAAAAUACUCACCUCUCUAGUUGCAGGAGAAGUGUACUGUACACAAGUCACAAAUUGCAACAGGCGUAGCCCUCAACUAGGUACAGGUACGUAAUAUAUAUGCCAUAUAGGCAGUGCUAUACAUCCUCACAGCUUUAUCUCUGUAUGCUUCAUAUAGUCACAGUAGCCGUUUGCAACUAGAAAAUGUAGCAUGAGUUUCAGUUUCAUGAGUGCAGUUUUAUUUCCAUGCAUCAUUGUAAGGGUAGUGGCAUUUGUUACAAGGUUUUGUGUUCUUUGGAAAAUUCCUCCAGAGACCAUAAGUAUGUAUUAUUGCAUUGGACAUCUGUCUCUGUUUAAUACUGGAGACUUGCAGCUAAUCCUCUGUUAUAAUGCAGCAACACACAAUCCACAGACAGCCUGUACUAAUUCCUUUACUAACGAUGCUUUAUUAAUCAACUGCAGGUCUUUAGAUUUCUCUGUCCCCAAUUUGUUAACACCGUCGGAACGUAGGUGAAUUCAUUCACUAUCAAUCCUUAUGAUUUUAAACACGGAAAUUCAUCGAUUUUUCUAUAGUAUUUUCAAUUUGUCCCAAAACAUCCGAAGUCAUACAUUUGCAUCAUCCACCACAAUUUGUAAGAUAACCACAAAUUUGUGAUCAUUUAACCACGUCGAUGUUAUGAUGGUCCUACUAAAAUGUGUCUAGCUGGCCUUUGCCACAGCAUUUUGUCCAGGUUUGUCCAGAUCUAGUAUACCCAUAACAACCAAUUAACAGAUAGCUUUAACUUCUAAACAGAUCGGAGAAAGGAAAGUUCUCUUCUGACUUUGCUUUUUAAUGUAUAGCCCUCUUGUUUAUUUGGGUUGUGUUUCUGCAGUCAUUUUGCCAACAGUUAGUUCCUAUUUAGGACCAAUUUAAAAUGUCAACAAUGGGGGAUCCUUUCUUGGUGUCAUUUUGUUUUAUUCUGUAAAAAGAAAUUUUAAUGUAUUAUCAAAAACAAUCUUUAACAGGGAUCAGCGAGUCUCUGAAUUCAGUAUUAAGUGUAUUUUCGCGUGUUCUGAAUUCUUUCUGCUUGGAAAGCAACAAUGCAUUUGCAUAGAUUUUUGUUUGUAAAGCAAUGCUUGGAUAUUAUGUGACAUAUACAUAUAGUAAGGCUAUGCUAGGUAGUCUGUGUACUGUUAAAUCAAAAUGAUACAUCUCGAGAAGGUACGGUUUUAAAUGCCAAUUUAUGGCCAUUAAUUGACGGACAGCAAUUGUAAAAGUUGUAUCCGACAAAUUGUAGUGACAGUCACCCAUUGAUGUCAUCAGAUAAGUAAUACGUUAGCCGACAUAUCUUCUAAAUUUUCCAUUCGAUUAAACGACCAACUGACAUUCUAUGAAAAAUGUCAGGAUGAUUAUUCUUACUCCACACACAUAAAGAAAAUUGUAAGAAUCUUCUUGUCAUACAACUAUACCUUCACAUCUAUGGCCAGCUUUAUACUCCUUAAAUGUCCUUAUGUACCUUAAAACUGGCCAUAGACAUACACAUAUAAUCAUAUGGAGCUAGGUUUUUCGGACCCUGUGUGGGUUCUGAAUUAUCGUCCCAACAAC